GCUGAGAGUGAACAACUUGUUCUCUUUCAACUUUUGUAUAUUCGUCAAUGACUACAGCAGCACGUCCCACAUUCGAUCCAGCUCGCGGUAACGACAGCAAAGCUCCCAGCUUUCAAUACAGUUCUCGCGAUCUUGCAUCCCACACCAAACUCAAAUUCAGACAACCUGGUCAAGGCACAACUGACGAAAUUGGUGAUCGCGAAUUAUUGAAGGAAGAAUUACGAAAAGCCGAACAAGAAUACUAUGAAUCAAAAGACACUGAAGGUGGCAGCGGUAGUGGUGGCCAAAAUUUGAUUGGUGGCUCCGAUGAAGACGCAGAAGCUCGACGACAAAAGCUUUUAGAAGAAGCAGAGAAAAUGGCUGCGUUAGAUAAAGAUCAAAGCGAUAGUGAAAGUGAUAGUGGAGGGAGCAGUAGUAGUAGUGACGAAGAUUCGGACGACGAUGACGACGAGGAUAACACAGCCGAGCUACUUGCGACAUUACAAAAGAUUCGAAAGGAACGGGCCGAAGAAAAAGAGCGUCAAGAACGUGAAAAAUUAGACGAGGAAGAAGCGCAGCGUGAAGAAGAAGCUAUGACAGGAAACCCACUCCUGCAACUCGGUGAUCAAAAACGUGAUUUCAGUGUCAAGAGACGUUGGGAUGACGAUGUCAUUUUCAAAAACCAAGCACGCGGCGCAGAUGAAAAGAACAAGAAGCGCUUUGUCAACGAUAUGUUACGAUCCGAUUUCCACCGUCGUUUCCUUACUAAAUACAUUCAUUAGUCAUUUUUUGUCAUCUUUAUUAUCUCAUACCUCUGUGAAUAAAAGAACUAAAAUAUGGAAAAACA